AUGCCACCUGGCAUUUCAACCAAAAUAAAUAAAAACUUAAAAAUUCAAAUAAUUAAAAGCUUCAAAAAAAAAAAUCCAUCACGAAGACCGCUACCCUCUCUUCAAUGCCGCCUUCUCUACAACUCCCUUCCUUCCGUUAAUCUCUUCGUCUUCUUCCCUGCAAAAUUCACCGACGGAGGAGAUUCGGAGAGUGUCGGUAGCAGCAACGGCGGUGAUGGGCUUGCGAUAUCCGAACUCAGGACUCCGGAGAUUGUCAAAGCUUUGAGUGGUAGAGGAAUCGAUAAACUCUUUCCUAUUCAGGCGAGGGGAUUUAAGAAGCAUUUGAAGAGGCUCAAUGCCCCAAAGCAUUGGAUGCUUGAGAAACCUGGCGGUGCAUUCGCCCCCAAGCCUUCUUCCGGACCUCACAAAUCGAGGGAGUGUCUCUCUCUUGUCCUGAUCAUCAGAAACAGAUUGAAGUAUGCUUUGACUUACCGUCAAGUGAUCUCCAUCCUCAUGCAAAGGCAUAUUCUGGUCGAUGGUAAAGUGAUGACUGAUAGUAUGCUUUGCUUCAUGGAUGUUGUGUCCAUCCUCAAGACGAAUGAGAACUUCCGUCUUCUGUAUGACACCAAGGGACGUUUCCGUCUCCACUCCGUCAAGGAUGAGGAAGCAAAAGACCUUAAAUCCAGGCUCUAA